UGUUGUUCGGUUUUCGAUUUAAUAAUAAUAAUAAUUUAAUUUCGCAAAAUUCUCGCAAGAGACAACAACAUAGUUCGUUCCCUUAACAAAUAGGCAAAAUUCAUUCAAAUCCAAGUGUUGACAUCUCAAUCGCCAAUUUUACGCAACGAAAGCAGCUGCUACGAUACGGUCGCGAAGUGUGACGAAGAGAAAAAGCAAAAGAAGGAGAAGUGGUGGAGAGAAAAGAGGCGCGUUGGCAAGCAAAAAUCAAAGUCUGUAAAAAAAAUAAGUUGAAAAUUCUAUAAAUAGCUCAAAAUGACGCGCUUGAAACAUUUCUAAAAAAGUUCAUAAAACAUAAAAAGUCUUCGAAUUUUUGUAGUGCCAAAGCAACGACACAACGCAUCAGCGAUAACCAAUAAAAGUGCAUAAUAGUAUUAAUAAUAAUUAUAAAUAAAAAAUAGAACUUUGUUCUUCCAUAAAUAAACUCUUGUCCCAUAAAUAAGUGCGAAAAAAUUGCAAUUUGCCACCAUGUCGCGUACAAGUAAUUUGUUUUUCAAUUCAUCGGUGAAUUUAGAGACUAAAAAGUGUAAUUGUUGAUAAACAACAACAACAACAAAGAAAAAAAACAAACACCACACAAAGUCAAAAAAAGUUUAAAUAAAAGAAAACCUCAGGUACAAGAAAACCCGUUUGUAAGCGAGAGAGAGAGAGAGAUUGUUCCAGAAGAGCCAACCGACAUAGAGAGAGCGAAAGAGAGAGAGAGAGAGAGAGAGUGCAGCAGCAGGUUGACAAUUCCACAGCAGAGGGAAGACAUUCCAGUAAACACACAUUCCAGCCCAACCCUCACUCAAAGCCCACGAGUCGGUUACAUUUUGCAAGUGAAGAAAUCGGUUUACUGCCUAAUGGCAACAUCGCUUAAUAAGACGAGACACAGGCGCAGAUUGGCUGCGAUCUCGUUCCUAUCAAAUAUUUCAUUAGAUGGCACACACCGGGACACAAAAUUUGGCGCAACAUUUGGCAGCAGCAUUAUCUGCAACCAGAAUAAGAAUCCGACACCGACCUACAGCAACGGCCACGCCUCGUCGGCGUUGGGACUGGGCGCCGGAGGCUACCAUCAGCACUAUCAGCAGCAUCAUCACCAGCGCGGCCAUUCGGCCCAGCAGCAGGCGAAGCAACAGCAACAGCAGCAGCAGAACCACCAGUAUCAGCAACAUCAGCAGUCGUCGCCCCAUCAUCAUCAGCAGCAGAAUGGUGGCAGCUCCAUACCGAUCCUCUGCGCCGCCAUCGAUGUCCACAUCGGAGGCGGUGUCGGGGACUUUGGCAUGCUGCUGGACGAGUGCACCACCGCCGCCGCUGCUGGCGGUGGCAGUGAUGGUGAUGGGCAUUUUAGUGAAACUGAAAAUAUGGGUCAAUACUUGAUGAACGUCCUGCACACCGACCACAGCGCGGCGACCAUCAGUCCCGUUGUGCCGGCUGAAAGACGCAACAUAAAGCGACCGACAUCGUCGGGUCGUCAGCCCCACCAGGCUCCGGGCAGUGGCAAUAUGAGCAUUCGGCAGCAGCAGACGCGGGCAUGUCCCGCCGGCAGCGGAGGAUCUGGUGCCGAAAGCGGCAGCGAUUCGGAUAGCGUCAAAAUACCGCUCAAGGUGUCCAAUCUGGGCAGCGGCGGUGGCGUCGGAGGUGCAGGGGCAAAUAUAUUGCCCCUCAGAGAACGCACCUUCAGCAAUGGGGCAAGCGAUCAGCAGAGCAUGCAGCCUGAGCGACGGGCACGCCUGAACACGGCGCCUGGGAUGCGGGCUGGCUCCAAUUCCAGCAUCGUGGUGGGCGGCGGCCUCAAGCGAACGUACAUACUGAGCGGAUCGAGUGUGAGCCACAUCACGGAUGACAGCAGCACGGAGAGCCUGGCGCCGACGGGCAACUUUUCGGGCAGUUUCCGCAACAGCCUGAGCAAGUCGGUGCAGAUCACGGACAGCCGCAGAGGGACAACGGUCCAGGGACUGGGAAUGGGAAUGGGACAGCGGGAUGAGCGAAUGGUGCUGGUGUCCCGCAAGAUACCGUUCUUCAUAUUCUCAGCCCUGCCCUACUACAAGGGCAAGAAUGGAAGAACCGAGUUCCGCAAGGAGGAUCGUCGGCGGCGUAAUCCAUCCACAUCACGUCCGUUGAGCUCCAUCAAUGAUGCCCCAUUUGAUCCCUUUGAUCUGUUGGGCAUGCAAAAGGCCGAGAGUGGUCAGGAUAUAUCCUAUGGUCAUCUGUUGAUACCAUCGCGACAGUACGAGAAGGAGCGCAAAAAGUAUGGCAAUGCAUCGGCGAGUGCAUCCAUCUUCGAGAAUCAAAUGGAAAUCACCGGCACAGCUGCGCUCAAGAAUCACGGCAUAGCGAGCACAAAAACCAUAACCAAACGUCAAGGCAAAUGGUGCUUUACGUAUGAGAAUAACAAUCGGAACAGUGCGGCCAGUCCCACGCCCGAGAACAAGCUGGAUUUGGAUAUGGAUAGCAUUUUGCUGGGUGGUGAAACACCCCGUGGUCAGACCAAUCAGUACUCGGCCAACAUCUUGGAUGAUCCAGAGCUGAUUGCUGGCAAGCAUCGCACUCUGUUGACCUUUACAUCCUACAUGACAUCGGUGAUAGACUAUGUGCGGCCAUCGGAUCUGAAGAAGGAGCUGAACGAUAAGUUUCGCGAGAAGUUCCCCGCCAUUCAGCUAACCCUGAGCAAGUUGAGAAGCAUCAAGCGCGAGAUGCGGAGGAUCAACAAACUGGACACACGCAUCGAUCUGGUGACCAUUUCGCAGGCCUACGUCUACUUUGAGAAGCUCAUUCUGGGCAAUCUGAUCAACAAGAACAACCGCAAGCUGUGCGCCGGCGCCUGUCUGCUGCUUAGCGCCAAGAUGAACGAUGUGAAGGGCGACGCCCUCAAGAGCCUCAUCGAGAAGACGGAGAGUGUGUUUCGAUUGAAUCGCAAGGAGCUGAUAUCAACAGAGUUUGCGGUGCUCGUCGCCCUGGAGUUCAGCCUGCAUGUGCCCAUGCAUGAGGUCCUGCCGCAUUAUCAGCGGCUGCUAUACGAGUCCUAGAAUUGGCCCCGGCGCUGCGCCGAAAACACUUUGUUGGCAGCAGCGCAGGUGGUGGCGACAGCGGCGGCCACCACCAAGCAGCAUCUACGUCGCACCGGUAGUCGCAAGUAGGGCGUGGCGUUGGGAGGCCAAACUAAAAAAACCGUUAGACCAACAACAACAAAUCGUUAGUUCGAGAAGUGAUCGCUGAUUUCGGUGGCGCCACUAAAUCCAAUGAGUGCGUGUAGAGAUCGUGUAGUGUCGCCACAGAGACAUGUUUUUGACAUGUAGAUCUUUUGUAGCAAAACAGGAAUUACUUGUAGGGUUUUCAUUGGACGAAAUUUGUAUUCUUCAGGGCGGCAUUUGGGGGAGGGAAAGUGGGAGCUACUGCCCCGGGGGCUUUGACAGCAGAAAGCACCCAAAAUACCCAAAAAUAUCUACGUUUAUUACGUCUAUUUUCAAAACGGUUUUUUUUUUUUUUCUUUUUUACGAUAAUUCUUGCACAUACAUUUUAAUAUUGUUCUUGCAUAAAGAAACAAUAUAUCCUAUCCAUAUUAAUUCAUACAUACAUACAUAAAACAUAAACGCAAUACAUUUUCGAAAAUGAAAUAACUAAAUAAUGUGGUAAUAUUUAUUGAAAUGCCACUUCUUGUGGGCGAUCAAUGCUUGUAAGACUUGACGGAAAAAAAUGGUUACUUUAAUUCGAAAACUAUUAGUGGCCUCCAGGCCUCUAACACCGGCCCUGUAUUUUAUCAAACUUCAAUGCGAGUAGAUAUGCGGUUAUCGUGCUUAUUACAUUAUAUUAUAUGCUACCCUAAGGCAUUAGCAUAAGUUUUACUACAAAAAAAAAAACUUCAAAAAGUAAAAAAAAACAUGACCCCCUUCCCAUUCUUAAUCCCUAGAUUCGUAAGUGUUUAUGUUUUUAGGAAAGUUACAUAUGUAUGUUUAUUUUCUUGGGUUUUCUGUUAUUGACAUUUAAAAAAUGAAUAAACUUACCUUAAC